AUGGGUGAUAGAACACUUAAGCAAUUGGCUGCUCCUAAUGUUGAUAAUGAGCAGCCCUUGUGUAUUCGUUAUACUAAUCCUGUUGUACCUUUUGAGCUUAAGUCUGGACUAAUACACUUGCUGCCCAAGUUUCAUGGUCUUGCAGGUGAGGAUCCCCACAAACAUCUGAAGGAAUUUCAUAUAGUCUGCAGCACUAUGAAGCCAACAGGGGUGGAUGAGGAACAAAUCAAGCUGCGUGCUUUCCCUUUCUCUUUGGACAGUGGAGCUAAGGACUGGUUGUACUACCUGCCACCUUCCUCCAUUGUAAGCUGGAAUGACAUGGCCAGAUUGUUUCUGGAGAAAUUCUUCCCUUCAUCCAGGGCCACUUCAAUCAGAAAGGAGAUCAGUGGCAUAAGGCAAGCUAAUGGGGAGAACAUGCAUGAGUAUUGGGAGCGAUUUAAAAGGCUUUGUUCAAGCUGCCCACACCAUCAAAUUCCAGACAAUCUCCUGCUUGUUUACUUCUAUGAAGGGCUGCUACCUAUGGAUAGGAACCUUCUGGAUGCAGCUAGUGGAGGAGUCCUAAGCAAUAAAACACCUAAUGAGGCCAAGGAGCUGAUUGCUGAGAUAGCUGCUAAUGCUCAACAAUUUGGCACUAGUGCAAACAGCAGUGCAGUGUUCCAAGUGCAAACUUCUCCAAUGCAAAAUCCAAUAGUGGUAGCAGCAGGAGCAUCAAGCACAGAUAACCAGAGAAUAGAGAACAAGCUUGAUGAGUUGACAUCAAUGGUGAGGCAGUUGGCAGUGACACAGACAGUGCAACCUUCUGCUCAACAGACAAACAACCCGUUUGGCAUCUGUUGUGAUCCUUCUCAUCCCACGGGUGCUUGUCCUUCCUUACAUGACAGUGGUUCCCAAGUUGAUCAGUCUGUUGCUGCAGUUUUUCCUGGAAAUCCACAGCACCAGCACCAGCAGCAAAAUAAUCCAUUCUUCAACAUUUACAAUCCUGGCUGGAAGAAUCAUCCUAACCUCAGAUGGAACCAGAAUCAGCAAAAUGUUCCAUAUCAGAGUCAACAAAAUUUACCAUUCCAGCAGAGGCAGCAGUUUGUGCCUCCACAACAGAGGCAAAAUUUUUGA